AUCACAAGUGCCCUGACGAUCUUUCCGACAGCCGCGGUCCAACGCCCUCCCCCAAAGUUCAAACACGCCACCUGCUCGGCCUGUUCUCGAGGCACGAGACGCCUCUUACACGCUUCGUUUCGAUCUCUAGAUGAGCACCGCGGUUCAUCUAGUAAAUAUACUCCCCAUUUCAAGCCCGGCACAUCCAAUUUCCCCCAGUCGAGAACGUCCCGGCCACUCAAAGAACUAGCUUCGUCCGCCCCCCUUUUGUCCCAUUCCAUUCCGAUCCUCGACACCCGCCGAUUUUCCUAUCUCCGACUGCUUCGCCGCCGCGCGCUCUCCAUGAGGCUCGUCCACGCCAGCCGAUGCCCGACCCCGCGCCUAUGAAGACAGGGCAGACUACCGGACCGCUUCUUCUCGCAUCAGCAUGUCGGAUUCAGUAGAUCGCGUCUUCGUCCAUGCCUUGAAUACCGUGAAGAGGAUUCCCCGGACGGGAACCGCGCGCCCGCCGGCCGCGGAGCGGUUGAAGCUAUAUGGCUUGUAUAAACAGAGUAUGGAGGGUGAUGUCGAGGGCGUGAUGGAUCGCCCGAUAGGGAAUACCCCGGAGGUACACGCGGAGUGCGAGAAGUGGGAUGCCUGGUAUGCUCAGCGCGGGCUCACGCGCACCGAAGCCAAACGCCGCUACAUCGGAACCCUUAUCGACACCAUGCACCACUAUGCCUCACAAACCCCGGAAGCCCGCGAGCUCGUAUCAGAGCUCGAGUUUGUCUGGGACCAGAUUAAAUAUAACGCCUCCUCCUCAUCGUCCUCCGGUCCACUCAACGCUGUCGGCGUCCCGCCUUUAUCACAUCACCAAAGCAGUGCAUACGGCAGUAUAGGCGGACGUCUCGCCCAAUCUCCCACCGACCAAUAUGAAAGACCAGACAUGCGGACAGACGACGCCCGCGACUCACGCCUCCGCGUCCUCAGCCCCGUCAGCCAACCCGAAGAAGAAGAAUACUAUCGCCGGCGACGACGAUCCGCAAAUGGCAUUGCUGAGGACGAGAUGGGAGACGACGACGAAGAUGAAGACGAAGAAUACGAAGAAGCCCGCGACAGUCUAUACGAACCCCCAGACAACGCUUCCUCAAAUACAGAUACACAUACACACACCGGCACGGACCGCACCGGCUCACAAAGCGAGGACCGCCGCGCUCGCUCCCGCUCACACAACCAAGCUCACACAAGACACAAGUCUACCUCCGGCGUCAGCGAUGGCACAAGCCUAAACGGUCCAGACUCGCAAGACCCGUCUAACCCACGAGACAGCCGCUGGCGCCGGCGCGUCGAACAAGCCCUGACCAAAAUGACGGCCGAAAUAGCCGCUGUCCGCGAGCAGAUGGAGGCGCGGACGUCAGCGCAUCGUCGUCGCUCCGGAGUAUGGGCUUGGUUAAAGUGGAUGCUUUGGGCUGUCGUGCGCCAGAUCAUCUGGGAUGUGGCAUUGCUGGGUGUGUUGUUGAUUUGGAUGCGGAUGCGUGGGGAUCGGAGGUUGGAGAUGAAGUUGAAGGAGGGUUGGUCCGGUGUUAAGGCACGGUUGGGGAGGGUCAAGCUUCUUCAACGUGUGCCUGUCAUGCCCUAGGUUUAUGGCAUGUGUUCCUGAUACCCUCAUCCCGACUCUUUCGUUGUUUCCCCAGACAUGUUGAUAUUGGGUUAUCAUGCUGGAACUGGUUUGGUGGCUUGCUGUUUUUGCAUCCUUUCAUGAGAUUUUAUUACCCCCCUUCGUUUACCAUUUGAGGAGUUCUUGUUUUACAUACGUUACUUCUUGUGUUUUUCUUUUGUUCUGUACAUAUGGGUUUCAAUCCGAGGUUCUGGUGUUUCCUUUUUCUCUGUCGAUUUGAUUUCUUUGGUCUUUUUGGUCUUGUCUUGAUAUGGGGGUUGUAUGUAAUGGUCUGUGAUAUCUAUAGACUGGGUAGAGGGGUCGAGUUAGAAGCACGCCUUAUAGAGACAAUUUAGUGUUGCUCAGAUCCAUAAUGUUUUCUAUAUGAUGACGCUCUAGUACGUCCAUCCAGGAAAAUUUUCAAACUUGUGCCGCCAUGCCGUGGCCAUUCAUCCAGCUGGACAUUGUAGCCAGGAAAGAUGGCCUGAAACUGGUGAGCUGGGCCGAUGAAGGCAGGAAAAGGAUAUCUCAUACCCAGAAAUCCCGAUUGAGCUGGACGGACUAUACCUGUUGGGUUAAGCCUCGGACAUGUAUUAGCAGGCACAUCUCUUCAGAAGGCACUAAUCCAAACAACGUCAGCUGUCCCGAGGACCCAAUGCUAGAAUUAACCCCGCAAAGCAAGAUACCAAGUACUUUGCAGUUUGCGAGAGAGACCACAUUUCAAGCGGAAAUCAUAACCAUUCCUGAUGCCAAUUGAUAUUUACACAAAACAUACACCGGACGAGACAGACAGAGUAGAUGAAACACAAGGACCGCUUGCGCAUCUAGUUUAGAACAAACAGAUAAGGGAAAAAGGAGAAGGAGACGCCGGGACCCUGGUUGGCGGUAUAGUAAGGCGUUUCGAGUAAAAUUGGGGGGGUUUGUGAAGGAGGAUUGAACCGGGAGAAGAUCAUAUCAUCUCGGCUCUUUUUAGUACUGCGGUCCAGGGUACUGGGCGUACUUCUGUUUGGGACGCAGAUGAACGGGGACCUGGUUCUCGGGAGCGCCGGGGAUGGUCUUCUUCAGGC